AUGGAAGCCAUCAUGAAGCAAGUCAAACACCAGUUCAGAAAAAAAGAGGAGCAAGAAGCAUCAUUAAUCAGACAGCUUGAAGUAGUCAAACGUGAAAAAGAGCAACUACAACAAACAAUACAAAUUUUAUCAUCUUAUUCAGCAUCUAAAGAAGAAGCAGCCAGGAGCUCAACAACAAAGCAACCAAAAGAAGAAAUUCAAGAAACAUCAUCCGAUGAAAGUCAACCACAAAUAGCACUCAAAACAGAAAAACAAACCAUAACGCCACACCAGGAGGGGUAUCCACCACUACAAGCAGAUCAUAAAAAUAUAAAGAAAUGGUACGUAAUUUUCAACGGAGAAAACAAAGGAGUAUAUGACGAUUGGGGAAUCGCCAGUUCAUAUAUUCUUGGAAAAAAUAUCAUUCACAAAAGUUAUAGAACGAAAAAUGAAGCAGAAACCGCAUACAACGAAGCAUACAAAGCAGUAAUAAAAGAUAACGUCGAAUGUUCAAAAACAGUUCUCCUAACACCACAAAAACCUAUAUCCAGCUUCACACCACAAAAACCUGUAUCCAUCCCAAGAUCCCUUAACCAAUUAAAUGCAAAAAUUGCCCGUGAAUCCAUUCUAUCAACCAAAGAAAAAGAAGCCAUGAAAAAAUCAUCUGCCAAAAAAAUUGUCGAAUUAUGGGACAACCUCAUUUCAUACACCGAAGUCCAUUCCUUGAUGGGCUUUUACUCAGUAGCCAGAUGCCCAGGUCCUAAAGCAGUUUUCUUAGCCGACUUAUCAGAUCCUAUGACUUUAUGGGAAUAUUUUAUUCAUGGAUUCAUAGACACCAUCUAUCUAGAAGGCACCAAUUUACACCGCAUCAACGAGUUCCCUUCUGUUGUGCAAACUAUCAUCAGAAAUUAUAAAAUACGAUUUGCAAAACAUGAAAGAGGAUUAUUCAUUAAAAUGCAUUCUAGCUAUCCAAUUUUUGAUAAAGACUCUCAACUAAUUGUCCCAAGUAUUACUUUCGCAAACAUGAGAAUAAGCAAUGGCUCAAAACCAACAAAAGAUGAUCUACCACGAGAAUCACCAACACAGGAUCAUCUAAUUUUUGCACUCGCCGGUGUCUAUUUAGCAUCAUCACGCAUAGGCAACGGUAAGGAUCAAAAGUCAAGAAUCAGAGUGAAUUACGCCAGUAAAACUUUCAUUAUCUAUUCGUUAACAGACAGUGAAAUCACUCCGGAAGCAAUGAAAGCAAUUGAAACCUUCGAACAAACUUUCGAAAAGUUUUCUCAUCAAUUAGCUGAAUUACCUGCUGAUAUCAAAAAACAACUUUGUAAACAUAUUAUGCAUGCACCAAGACACAAUUGCAGUCACUGUUCAGAAAACACAGAAGAAACACCAUUUAUGGAAGAUUAA